AGGAAAUAAAUAACCUCAGGUAGCCAGAGCGCACUUCCAACAUUAGCCAUGGGGUCUCUCUCCUGCUCGGCGAUAACGUCUCUGCAAGUGUUGGUCGGCAUUUUGAAUGCAUUCUUCAAGACGCAGACUCCGGCUGAUCUCUCUUCACCGGCGAAACUAAGAGACGGCGAAACCUUCGACUUUAUUAUUGCAGGGGGUGGAACCGCUGGAUGUGUUCUGGCUAGCAGAUUGUCAGAAGUUCCUGACUGGAAGGUGCUGCUCUUAGAGGCAGGCGGCGAGGAGCCGUUGGAGGCCGAUAUACCAGCAUUUGGGCAGAACUUGAAGCUCAGCGCACUGGACUGGCAAUACUGGACACAGCCCCAGAACACUUCAUGCGGUGGGGAAGCCUGCCAGUGGCCAAGGGGCAAAGUCCUUGGUGGAAGUAGCACUAUCAAUGACAUGAUUUAUAACAGGGGCAACAGACUUGAUUACGACCACUGGUCAGAUCUGGGUAAUGUCGGCUGGGAUUAUGAAAAUGGGGUUCUUCCAUAUUUCAAAAAAUCGGAAGAUAACUUGGAUCCAGACAUCGCUCGUGACAUCAAGUACCACAGUGUCGGAGGGUACCAGAGUGUUGGAAGAUUUCCCUACACUGACGAAAAUGUUCCAAAUAUUAUAAAAGGAUUUCAAGAACUUGGUUAUAAGCGGGUAGAUUUUAACGGACCACAUGUUACAGGGGUCAUGCAUCUUCAGGCGACUCAAUAUAAAGGAGAACGUAGGAGCACCAAUGGGGCUUAUCUGGAACCUGUUCGUCGUCUCAGAAAUAACAUCAGAGUCAUAACUAACGUCAGGGUUACAAAAAUUCUAAUUGACAAAGGAACAAAAGUAGCCCACGGUGUGGAAUAUGUUGGCGAGAAAGACAGACGUUUCCGUGGGAAAGUGUACGCGAAAAACGACAUUAUUGUCAGCUCGGGUUCAAUUAAUUCCCCACAACUUCUGAUGCUGUCUGGCAUUGGUCCUAAAGAAACACUGGAGACGUUGAAUAUUCCAGUCAUUAAAGACCUUAAAGUGGGACAUAACCUGCAUGACCAUAUAGGUGCAUUCGCUGUUAAUUAUUUCGUGGGAAACUCAACAAGACCCAACAGUAGCAGAGAUUUCUUCAGGGACGCCACACUCUAUUCAAGGAACCAAAGAACAGGGCCCUGGUCAGGCAUAGGAAGUCUCUCAGUGGUCGCAUACACUAAUUCCAGGUACGCAAAUAAAUCAAUGGAUUAUCCAGAUAUACAGUUUUCAACUAUACCGUCAGUUGCAGACAGCAGAGACUCAGGCUUCUGCGAUGUUGAUGUUGCCGUGCCGUGGUGCUAUUACAACAGAAUCACAUUUAUGCCAGCAGUGCUCAGGCCAAAAUGUAGAGGCUACCUUACCAUUAACUCAUCUGAUCCCUUCGCACGGCCAUUAAUAUACCCGAAUUCAUUCUGCGAUCACCAAGAUCUGGACGUCAUCAGCGACGGUUUCAAAGCAGCAGUAAAACUUGCCGAUACAAAGGUUUUCAAAGAUAAUGACUUCCGGCUUGACAAGACACCUCCAGCGGGGUGUUCGCAUCUUCAGUUUGGCACAGACGAUUAUUGGGUGUGUGCCGCAAUUCAAACUACUCACAGCAACUACCAUCCCGUUGGGACCUGCAAGAUGGGUCCUCCCACCGACCCCGAUGCUGUAGUCGACCCUCAGUUGCGAGUGUACGGAGUCAAGCGUUUGAGAGUUAUCGAUUCAUCCAUCAUGCCGGUCAUAACCAGUGGCAACACCAAUGCACCCAGCAUCAUGAUAGGGGAGAAAGGGGCUGAUAUCGUAAAGAAGUCUUAUGGCAUAAAACUAUAGGUUCUUGGAGUGCACCACAAUAUAUCUUCUUUUUUCCUUUAAAUGUACCAUACACCUUCCUCCAGUCCUUCACGUGCAACAUGCUUUCCUUUCUUCAGCUCCCCAACAUGUAAUGCUGCUGCUAAUUCCUUGCCACGAGUAAAGCUACUUCUGUUCCUGCAAGUGCAACAUGCUUACCCUUCUUCAGCUCCCCAACAUGUAAUGCUGCUGCUAAUUCCUUGCCACGAGUAAAGCUACUUCUGUUCCUGCAAGUGCAAAAAACAUUCUUGUUCCUUUUGCCAUUUCCAGAACUUAUUGUUUCGUCCGAUUUAUUCUGUUCCUUCUUCAAGUAUAAAAAUUUAUAUUCUUCUGACUAUACAUAUACAGUUCUACACUUCUCUAAGCUCAGCCUCUCUUCUACACCGCUUUCUUCCUUCUGAAACGUAACAUGCCUGUACAGAAUUCCUGCUGUCUCUUCUUUCAAGAAUAAACUUCCU